GGGAAGCGUCUCCUGUGCGUCUGCGCGGGAAGUGGAACCUGGCUCUGGGGAGAAGCCGCGUGAGAUUCGCGCGGGUGCUAGCUAGUCCUUUCUUGUCGCUGCUCGGCUCGCGGCCCGUGGGGUCGGCCCCGCCACCGUUGCCGCCAUGCCCAUGAAGGGCCGCUUCCCCAUCCGCCGCACCCUGCAAUAUCUGAGCCAGGGGAACGUGGUGUUCAAGGACUCCGUGAAGGUCAUGACAGUGAAUUACAACACGCACGGGGAGCUGGGCGAGGGCGCCAGGAAAUUUGUAUUUUUCAACAUACCUCAGAUUCAAUACAAAAACCCUUGGGUGCAGAUCAUGAUGUUUAAGAACAUGACGCCGUCACCCUUCCUGCGAUUCUACUUAGAUUCUGGGGAGCAGGUCCUGGUGGAUGUGGAGACCAAGAGCAAUAAGGAGAUCAUGGAGCACAUCCGAAAAAUCUUGGGGAAGAAUGAGGAAACCCUCAGGGAAGAGGAGGAGGAGAAAAAGCAGCUUUCUCACCCAGCCAACUUCGGCCCUCGAAAGUACUGCCUGCGGGAGUGCAUCUGUGAAGUGGAAGGGCAGGUGCCCUGCCCCAGCCUGGUGCCAUUACCCAAGGAGAUGAGGGGGAAGUACAAAGCUGCUCUGAAAGCCGAUGCCCAGGACUAAGGCCCACGGUCACUGUGGGCUGGGGUGAUGGUGUCUGACCAGUGGGGAGAUUGGAAUGGGAUUACUUUGGUCCAGGGAAGCCCCUGGUUCUGUCCCUGGAGACUCUGGAAAUCCUUUUGCAUUAAAAGGACUUUACACACCUGUGUAAAAGGAUGUGGGAGAGGAGGGUCUGAAGCUGAGCUGCUAAAUGAGUAUCCCUGCUCUGCUGGUCAAUAAAACGCUUCCUAAUAGCA